UUUCUGUCUUAACAAACGAUAGGUACAAAAAAUUGUCAAAGAAACCUCCCAGAACUCAAACUGCAUUUAAGCAAAUAUGUUUUUUUUUUAAUUUCUCUAAUUCCUUAUCUUUUUUGUCAAGGUUAGAGUUGUCAGUUAACCGAAAGUCUUGUGCCAAAAAAUCGAUUGUUGCUGUUUAUUUAUCCAGUUUUCACGUUUGAAUUAUUAUUUUUACACAUGUUCACGUAGUUAACUUUAAAGAUAAGAUUAAAUCUACUUUGUUUUUGUGUAAUAAUAAACUAAAAAGGUAAUCUUCAGAAAAAGGUCAUUUUCCACCAUGAGUGAAACAGUGAUUGGAAUAGACUUAGGAACAACCAACACAUGUGUAUGUGUACACCUCAACAACAAAUUGAAAAUACUUGAAAACAAAGAAGGUGGAAGAACAACACCGUCUUAUGUUUUCUUCACUGAGCAAAACAGUGUCAUAGUCGGCCAAUAUGCAAAACGUAUGGCUGACGUCAAACCGGAAUACGGCAUUUAUGAAAUCAAAAGACUUGUAGGACGAAAAUACGACGACCCUUAUAUCAAAAAGAAUUUAAACUAUUUACCUUUCCAAGUUACCAACAUCUCUAACGAUCCAGUCGUAGUCGUCCAAACCAAAACCCAAGUUUUUAAAAGAUCACCUCAGGAGUUAUGUGCUUACAUUUUAGGAAAGAUUAAAAGCGACGCUGAAGCCAAGUUGGGUCACCCUAUCAACAAAGCUGUGAUUACAGUGCCUGCUUAUUUCAAUAUUGCUCAAAGAGAAAUGACUUUAGCCGCAGCCAAAACAAUCGGGUUUAUAGUGUUGAAACUCUUGAACGAGCCAACAGCUGCUGCUCUGAGUUAUUACUACGAACACAAAAGUAGUGACGGCGAUGGAUAUUCUCUUGUUUACGAUUUAGGAGGGGGCACUUUCGAUGUUGCCAUUUUGCAAAGAAAUGGUAGCGAUAUUACAAUCCUUGGGGUUGACGGUGAGACCCACUUGGGAGGACACGAUUUUGACAAUUUACUAGUUGAGCACGUGUGCCAAGUGUUAAUAAGUCAAUACAACUACAACCCGAAAAAUGAUCGCCGAAACAUGCGUAGACUAAACAAUGAAUGUGAAGAGGUGAAAAAGAUGCUUUCAGAGAGUGAAGAAACAAGUAUCAUUCUGAACGCGUUUGUGCCAAAUUCAAACAUUGUUGAAAUCCCCAUCACCCGAGGACAGUUUGAAUCAAAAGCAGAACAUUUGUUCCAAAAAACCAUCGAUAUUAUGACCAGAUGUUUGGAAAAAGUCAAUUUGAAAAAAAGCGAUAUUAAGGAGGUUAUUCUAAGUGGGGGAUCCACUCGAAUUCCCAAGAUCCAGUCAAUGAUCAGUGCGUAUUUCAACGGCAAAGUUUUAAACAAAUUCAUUAAUCCGGACGAAUGUGUGGCUGAAGGAGCCGCAAUUCAAGCAGCGCUUUUAUCAAAAAAUCCAUCACAAACCAUAAGUCAAAUCAAAAUCACUGAUGUCACUGCUUUGUCUUUGGGUAUUAGCGAUUUUGUUGAUGUUAUGACAUUCAUGAUCAAGCGUAAUACACCAAUCCCUGUCACCAAAACAACAAAACGCGUAACAGUUUAUAACAAUCAAGCAAAUAUGAGUUUCGACAUCUAUGAAGGGGAAAGACUCAACGCAAAGAAAAAUUAUUUUUUGGGCCACUUGGAGAUCACCGAUCUUACACCAGCUCCGCCCGGUCAGUGUGGGGUGACAGUAGUUAUGACUGUUGAUCAGAAUGGAAUUUUGACUGUUAAAGCUACCGAAACCGUAAGCAACAGGACCAAGGAUGUUAAGAUUGUGUAUACUAGAGGGAGUAGAAGCGAUGGUGAUAUUAAGAAAGUUGUGGUUGAAGCUGAGGAAAAUACGGCGGAGGAUGAACGUUUCAGACAAUUUGCAGACAUUAAGGGUUUUGUGUAUAAGUACUGUAUUAGGGCUAUGUAUAAUUUUGAAGAAAAAGGGCUUGUCGCGACUCACAAGGACGUUUACGAUAAAUGCAGUGAUGUGUUAAAAAAAUUAAAGGACUUGGAUGUAGAUGAUGAAAAAGAGGUUAUUAAGCUGAAACAACAAGUCGUACCUUUGUGUAAACCUUUAGAGAAGAAAUAUGCAUUCAAAUAUAUGCCUUAAAUACUAUAAUACUAAUAUUGAUUAAUUUUAAUUUCCAUUGGUUUUAUACAAUAAUUUACUUUCUAUGUAUUUUUUUCUUUAUAAAUAAAGUUUUGUUCUGAGA